CCUGAAAAGAUGAAGCUCAUUUUCUUUCAGCAAGAAGAAAAAGAAGAAGAAUCCUGACGCGGUGACAGCCUUCCUGCCUCUCACCGAGUCCAGAAAUGGCGGCGUCUGUGUGCCGAGUCGGGAGUUCCGUUGGGCGAGCCCUCGCCAAAACCCGCAGUCCCAUCCUGCUGUCUUUGAGACGUGGACAGGCCUCAGUCAGCUAUGCCCAGAGCCUUGUAGGAGCCCCCGAAACCCAGCUGACUGCCCUGGAUAAUGGUUUCCGAGUUGCAUCUGAAGAUACUGGACAUGCAACUUGCACGGUUGGAGUCUGGAUCAGCGCCGGCAGCCGUUAUGAGAGCGAGAAGAACAACGGAGCAGGCUUUUUCUUGGAGCAUAUGGCUUUCAAGGGAACAAAGAAGCACCCCCAAACAGCCCUGGAACAGCAGGUGGAGUCUAUGGGUGCUCAUUUGAGUGCCUACACCUCCAGAGAGCAUACUGCUUACUACAUGAAGACUCUUUCCAAAGAUCUGCCUAAAGCUGUGGAGCUGCUGUCAGAUGUCGUGCAGAACUGCUCACUGAACGAGGCAGACAUUGAGCAGCAGAGGAACGUGGUGGUGCGUGAGCUGGAGGAGGUGGAGGGCAACCUGCAGGAAGUCUGCCUGGACCUGCUGCAUGCCACAGCCUACCAAGGCACACCUCUAGGACAAAGCGUGCUGGGGCCCUCUAGUACUGCCAGGAAUCUGACCCGUCAGGACUUGGUGGAUUACAUCAACAGCCAUUAUAAAGCCCCCCGGAUGGUGCUGGCCGCUGCAGGAGGUGUGAAUCAUGAGGAGUUGGUGGCUUUGGCCAAGUCUCAUUUUGGUGGCGUUUCUUUUGAGUAUGAAGGAGACGCCGUCCCUGUGUUGUCCCCCUGCCGGUUCACUGGUAGUGAGAUCCGUAUGCGGGACGAUGGUCUGCCUCUGGCACACAUUGCCAUCGCUGUGGAAGGCGCUGGUGUUUCCAGCCCAGACGUCGUGCCCCUGAUGGUGGCCAAUGCCGUCAUUGGUAGCUAUGAUCUUACCUACGGUGGUGGAAAGCACCUGAGCAGCCGUCUGGCUCGCCUGGCCGUGGAGGAAAACCUGUGCCACAGCUUCCAGGCCUUCCACUCUGCCUACAGCGACACCAGCCUGCUGGGGAUCCACUUUGUGAGCGAUAAGCACCACAUUGAUGACAUGAUGCACUGGACCCAGAACGCUUGGAUGAACCUUUGCACCACAGUCACAGAGAGUGACGUAGCCAGAGCCCAAAACACUCUGAAGGCCAGCUUGAUUGGACAGCUCAAUGGAACAACACCAAAUUGUGAUGACAUCGGCAGACACAUCCUGAACUACGGACGACGUAUUCCUCUUGCAGAGUGGAACGCCCGGAUCGACGCUGUAACUCCUAGGAUGGUGCGUGAUAUCUGCACCAAAUAUAUCUAUGAUAAGUGUCCUGCCGUGGCAGCUGUCGGUCCUAUUGAGCAGCUCCCUGACUACAACAGAAUGCGCAGUGCGAUGUACUGGCUCAGGUUUUAGGAAAAGAUCAGUUUGUCCCAUUUCGUCCUCCACAUGUGAACGCCUGAGUUGUUAACAACACAAGCAGCCAUCCUCCCUCUCUUCUGCCUGACUUCCUUUUAUAUCGCACCCACCCUGUCCCUAGUUAGCCUUGAGGGAAGCAGCAGCAGGUACUGAUCAUCCUUUGUUGUGGAGAAAACUACAGCGAGGGCAGACUUGAAUUCGUGAUAAAUAACUUCAUAAUGCAAUUCAGCCAAUAUUCAGUAUGACCAGGCUGGGCAGCGAGAGAUAUUUAUACCUUCUGUAAGCAUUUGUUUGAUGUCCACUAUUGUACAUACCAGAAACUGUCAUUCAGACACAAAUUAAAACAAUAAACCUUUA